AUGAAUGGAAGCGGCUGCAACCGCUUCUGUGGCUCGAGCUGGGAUCCCUCUUCGGUAUUCACCGGAAAGGAUACGACCUUGACCUUGGUACCGCUAGUGCUGCAGGUCAUACUGUCCGAGCUGGCAGUGCGCGGUGCUAGGGAGGAAGGCAUUUUGCGAGUAUCGGGAAACAAACAGAGGAUCGACGCCCUGUACAAGGAGAUCGAGCACAAUUUCUACCGCAAACCGGAAAAGAUCGAUCCGCUGAUCAAGGAAGCGGGUGUGCAUGAUCUCAGCUCGCUAUUGAAGCGUUGGCUAAGGGACUUGUCGCAGCCACUCUUGACCAACGAUCUGGUGCACCUUUUCUUUCAAACGAACGUUUUACCUCCACACGAUCAGUGUAAAGCGCUGACGGUGCUUUGCCAACUACUGCCGCACGAAAAUCGCAACACACUGCGCGCGCUGUUGCAUUUCUUCCGACGAGUAGUGGAGCAGCAACACCUGAACCGAAUGUCCCAACAGAACGUGGCAACGAUCAUUGCGCCCUCGUUCUUCCCACCAACAUUUGUGCAUCCACCAGACCACAAGGACGAUAUGGGAGCGCAAACACAGAUGGCUGCCCAGUGUUGUCAGCUCACCAACGUGCUCCUAGGCAUGGCCGACAGCUUAUGGGUCGUACCACAGCGUCUAAUCGAGCAGGGCAAGAUUGUCAUCGCCAUGUGA